AUGGAUGAGGUAAGGUGUGUCAAGGUGGUCAAGGUGGUCAAGGUGGUCAAGGUCAAGGUAUGGGUGGAAAUGUUUUUGGAGGUAGUGAGGUAG